AGUCAGGCUAAUGGACACUCUGGCGGUACCUCUGUCACUUGCCUUCUUCCCAACGUUCCUCCCGCCCCUCCUGCCCCCGGUGUCUUUUUGCCCGCCCUCUCCGCCUAACGCACGCGACGCCGCACACCCCAGUGACACAUUAGCCUCAACGCUGUCAGCCACAACCACCGUGACCACCACCACGAUCACGACCUUCUACUGUCAACAAACAGCCUGCUUCAUGGACGUCGGGACUCCAUUCCCAGCUCUGUUAUGGCUGGUGUUCUUAGCACAUAACAUGUGUGCGCAGCGAGGGACCAUCACGAUCGAGGGUUCAACGCUCAGCAUUAACUGCUCACACACUCGUACCUUGCACGAUUUGACGAAAGGACCGAUCUCAAGCAGCGUGCGGAUGGAUCAGCUUAUUGAGCUAGGCAUGACCGACGGACUGAUUCAGAUGAGGACUUAGGCGAGGGACUUACCCGAGCCAUUGGCUUGCCUGCAUUGCCAUUGAGAUCGCUCUGACAGAUGUGACUCGUAAGGACUCCGGUAAUAUGCCAUGUAUCUCAGUAUUUUAGAUUUCCUCUAUUCCAAGAUCUCCAUUGCUCAAGCGGCAGUGAAAUUCGUUCAGAAGCAAGCACGUUGAAUAACUCGUCGAGAAACUACUAGUAAAUCAUGCAUCGUGCCAUCAACCAUACUGCACCGAUGCGAAAGCAGGAACACGACUCACUGUAGUUCACCGUCGCGACAUGCCACUCACAACGACGGAU